AUGAGUGUGAUCAUGGGCGAACCCGCCAUCAGUGGUAUGUUGGAGUCUCUAAGCAGAGACCAGCAACAUGCAACUAUUAUCAAGUUCCUGCCAGGGGAACUUGCAGUCGAAAGACCGAAGAUAGCCUGGCUACAGCAGCAAGGCUCUCAUCAGUCGAUGGGUGUGCCGACGCACAUGCGUCGACCCGAAAACUUGAGAAUAGAUAUCUCAAGGUCCAAGGAAACCGACGAAGAUUCCUUUUUGAGAUGGUUCGUCGAGUUAGACGACGCCAUCAGGGCCCGUCACAUCGAGGGUGACGAGAUGCAAGUCACCUUCGCCCUGUCAAAUUUGACGGGACGAGCAAAGACUUGGGCCUUAGGGCUCAAGCUUCACGACCCAAACGUGUUUGAGUUGCUAGAGGUCUUGAAGUCUCGACUCAAAGAAACGUUUGAGCCGCCAAGAGCCGAGUCCAGAGCACGCUCUGCACUCCUAACGCUCAAGCAAGGUAAGCGUGAUGUGCACGCUUAUGCAUAA